GCGCAUCUUAGCAUUUUCCCGGGAAAGCGAAAGGCAUCCUGCUAACGUGCGCCCCUCCCCUCCCUUUCCUCUUUCCUUCCUCCUUCCUCCGCGCGCCACAGAUACUUUGUCGGCACACGCAAGCUUUCUCUCUCUCUCUCUCUCUCUCUCUCUAGGCGUGCGAGUCGCAGGCGAGGCCGAUUUUCGUGCGUCCCCAUUGCCAGCACGAAUGCGCACGCGGGGCGAGGCAUGGAGUUCGCCGCCGCCGCCAUCCGCUUCAGUCUCCCCUCCACCUCAUCCCCUCUCCACUGCGACUGCCAGUGCUAUGCAAGGCUGAGGAGGAAGCAGCAGAAACUACCUUUUCUGAGUACCACGCCGACUUGGAAGAACCACUCUCUAUAUUGUGUGAAGUCAGUUUUGAAUAACAGGAACUCGAGGAUCAGUGAUAAUGGCGCAGCUGAACCUGCUAGAGUUCUCCUCGAGAGAUUAUUUGCGCGAACUCAUAAGCUGGAAGAAAUGAACAAAGCUUCUAGCGUGCCUCAGGAUGUCCAGCUGGAUUUGAAUUUUGAAGUGUUGGAAUCAGACCUCCAUGCUGCUCUGGCUUCUUUGAAGAAGAGGGAAGAAGAUUUAGAGGAGGCUGAGAGAAAGCUACUGUUGGAUGAGAGCGAGUUGAAUCGUGCGACAGAGGAGUUAAAGUGUCGGGAGGAAGUGAUUGCUGCUGCUUUAUCUAGGCAGGAGAAGUUGGAAUGGGAUUUGAAGCAGGCAAAUUUGAAGUUCGCUUCUCAAGCUAGAGAGAUAGAAGAUUUAAAGCUUCGACUAAGAGAUAGGGAGCAGGAGAUUGCAGCCUCUCAAUCUGCAUUAUCCCUGAAAGAAGAUGAGAUACAAAAAAUGAACAGUGAACUGAUGAAAAGAAGUGAAGAUGCUUUGGUGAUCGAAUCGGAACUUGAACGGAAAUCCCAGCUCUUGACGGAAGCCAAUGAAGUUAUCAAGAAGCAGGAACUUGAGCUUCAAGAACUUCGAAGAGCAGUCGAGGAGAAAGAAGAAGAAUUAGAGUUUUCUAUGACAUUGAAGAAGGCAGAAGAAGACAAGGUAAAAAGUAUGGAGGCUACUUUGGAGGAACGGACAAGGGAAUGGUUGCUAGCGCAGGAGGAUUUAAAGAAAUUGUCGGAUGAAGCCUCUAAACAUGCCGCAGAAUCUAAUGAGACAUUAGAGGAUUUCAGAAGGGUGAAGAGACUUCUUGGAGAUGUGCGGGCCGAAUUGAUAUCAUCUCAGCAAUCUUUGGUUUCCUCGAGGCAGAGAAUGGAGGAGAAGGAGAAGCUUUUGGAAAAGCAAAUAACAGAACUUGUAGAGCAGAAGGAAAGUAUUGCUGCACACAUGGCAAGUUUGAAGGAUGUCCAAAUAGAAGUAGAGAGUGAGAGAGUGAAACUUAGGGUUGCUGAAGCCCGAAACAAAGAGCUUGAGCGAGAUUUAUCAUUGGAGAAAGAAUUGGUGGAAGAGUUGCAGGAUCAGCUGACAAAAGAGAAAGCUUCUCUCCAGCAGGCAAUUCAGGAUAAGUCCUUGCUGCAGACUGAGCUUAACAGGAGAAACUCUGAAUUUCAAGAAACCCAAGAUCUUCUGCGGUUGAAAGAAGGAGAACUGGUGGAAGCCAAACUGGAAAUUCAGCAUUUGCAUUCCCAACAGACUGCUCUUCAGCUCAUGCUGGAGGAGAAAGAUGUCGAACUGUUAAAUACAAAGAAGAAGUUGGAAGAAUUAAACUGGGAAACUGAAGAGCUCAAGAGACUCAUGAAUGGGAGAGAGGACCAGCUUAUCCAGGCAACGAAUUUGCUAAAGGACAAGGAGGAGCAUGUCCAGAACAUGCAAAGCGAGCUUAGUGAUACAAAAUGGAGAUGCACUGAAGCCGAAUCUGUUGUAGAGCGGAUUGUGGAACUCACGAACAGACUAGUUAUCCCCUUAGAGGAUAAAGAAUAUGACGUGGUGGGUGUGGGUGGUCUAGGGUCACAGCAGCUCAUCACGUUACCAACCGAUGAUUUUAGGUGGAAAAACAAACAGCUUGAAACUGAGAUUGAUUUAACAAGAGAAAACUUGCGAAAUAAAGAAAUGGAAGUUUUGGAUGCACAAAGGGCUCUAACACUCAAGGACGAGGAACUCAAAAGUGCCCUGAUUAGACUAGGUGAAAGGGAGAAGGACCUUCAAAGGUUGAAAGAAGAAAUGAUUAAUGAUGCUAGUGAUCUCCGGAAAUUGCAUGAGUUGGCACAACAGAGAGUUGGUGAGAAGAGUAUGGGAGACUUAGCUAUUGAGAAACUUCAAAUUGAGGCCGCCCAGCUGGAAGUUGAAGCUGCAACUAGUGCUCUUGAAAAGCUUGUGGAAAUGACUCAAGAAUUUUUAGGUAAAGCUAGUUUAAGCAUCGAGGUGGACACUAAUGCCAGUGGCCUCCAUGAAGAACUGUCUGAUAUGACAAGUUCAGAUGAGAACAGUGAAUGUUUUACCGAGGUAAAAAUGCAGGUCACAAAACUUGCAGCUUUGAGUGAACAGCUUGUAAGGGAGGCUGGCAUUACUAUCGCUGCUGAGUAAUUUAGGUCGUUGAGCUGUGUACAUAGUUAUCUGACAGCUUUUUCAUCAUAGUGGAGAGUGAGGAUAUUCUGCUUGUAUUUUGUAGUAACAGUCAUUAGAUUAGGAUGCCAAAAACUACUUGUAUAAUGUGUGAGGCUUGUUUGUUGGAUAGUUACUAGGUGAGUUGAGGAAUCAAUCUGUUUUGUGUAAUUGUGGCCUAAUGUGUUGAAAGCUUCGAACUGACCAUAUAAAUCGAGGAAUGUUUCAUUUUCUCUC